UCAGCCAAUGGGUGCGCUACAACAGCACAAGGGGCGGAGACAUAUUCUUGCUGAUGCAAUGUCCCUUUAACUAAAGUCAUACAACAAUUUCAAAGCUACAGUGUAAAUGGCACUAAACAAAUAGAAACAUUCCAAGAAAGCGGAGAUUUGGGACUAGAACAGUUACGUCAGCCACCUUCAAUCUGAUGAAACCGAGGACAAAACUGCAGCAAUCAUGGAAAGAAGGUCAAUUGAAGAUGGCUGACCUAGAAGCAGUGUUGGCUGAUGUCAGCUAUCUGAUGGCAAUGGAGAAAAGCAAAUGCACUCCUGCAGCCCGUGCUAGCAAAAAAAUCAUACUUCCCGACCCAAGUGUCAGAAGUGUUACCCAAAAGUAUUUAGAAAAAAUUGGAGAAGUCAAUUUUGAUAAGAUCUUCAACCAACGAUUAGGUUUUCUACUUUUUAAACAAUACUGCGAGGAAGUCAGCGACGAACCUAUACCUCAGUUAGCGUUCUACGAAGAGAUCAAACGUUACGAGAAACUGGAAACAACAGAAGAGAGGCGGAAACUUGCCCGGGAGAUUUACGACAACUUUAUCAUGAAGGAACUACUCUCGCAUACACACACGUAUUCCAAAGAUUCUGUGGCGCACGUCCAGAAAUACUUGACCAAAAAUGAAGUCCCGGUUCAUCUCUUUGAGCCUUACAUCGACGAGAUCUUUGUUCGUUUGCGAGGCGAUAUCUUUCGAAAGUUUGUCGAAAGCGACAAGUACACCCGUUUCUGCCAGUGGAAGAAUCUCGAACUCAACAUCCAGUUGACCAUGAACGAUUUCAGCGUUCACAGAAUCAUCGGUCGUGGUGGAUUUGGUGAGGUCUACGGCUGCCGGAAGGCCGACACGGGCAAAAUGUACGCCAUGAAAUGCCUGGACAAGAAACGCAUCAAAAUGAAACAAGGCGAAACGUUGGCUCUCAACGAGCGUAUUAUGCUCUCAUUGGUCAGCACCGGUGCGGACUGCCCGUUUAUUGUCUGCAUGACUUAUGCGUUCCACACGCCGGAUAAGCUCUGCUUCGUCCUGGAUCUGAUGAACGGCGGCGACCUGCACUAUCAUCUCUCUCAACACGGUGUCUUCAACGAACAGGAGAUGCGUUUCUACGCCGCCGAAGUCAUCCUAGGUCUGGAACACAUGCACAGGCGGUUCAUCGUCUACCGCGACUUGAAACCAGCCAAUAUCCUUCUCGACGAGCACGGACACGUCCGCAUUUCGGAUUUGGGAUUGGCUUGCGAUUUCUCCAAGAAGAAACCACACGCUAGCGUGGGAACGCACGGUUACAUGGCGCCCGAAGUAUUGUCUAAAGGCACGGCCUACGAUUCCAGCGCCGAUUGGUUCAGCUUCGGUUGCAUGCUGUACAAACUGCUCAAAGGCCAUUCGCCGUUCCGGCAGCAUAAGACGAAAGACAAACACGAGAUCGACCGGAUGACGUUGACUAUGAACGUCGAGCUGCCGGACAACUUCUCCAACGAGCUGAGAACUUUGCUCGAAGGGCUACUCCACCGUGACGUCGACAAACGACUCGGUUGCCGGGGAAGAGGAGCGGAAGAAGUCAAAAGCCAUCCGUUUUUCCUUGGUGUCGACUGGCAGCAAGUCUACAUGCAAAAAUAUCCGCCACCUCUGGUUCCGCCUCGAGGCGAAGUCAACGCUGCUGACGCUUUCGAUAUUGGAUCCUUUGACGAGGAAGACACGAAGGGAUACAAGUUGACCGAGAAGGAUCAGGAGCUCUACCAGAAUUUUCCGCUGGUCAUUUCUGAGCGUUGGCAGGCGGAAGUGUCUGACACGGUCUUUGAGACGAUCAACCAGGAAGCUGACAAAGCCGAGGCCAAAAAGAAAUCCAAACACCGGAAAUUCGAUCUCGACGAGAAAGAUUCCGACUGCAUCCUACAUGGGUAUAUCAAAAAGUUGGGCGGACCUUUCGCUUCGGCUUGGCAGACCAGAUACGCCCGUCUGUAUCCCAACAGAUUGGAAUUACACUAUGAAUCGUCUAGUACCAAACCGGAACUGGUUUUGAUGGAUCACGUAGAAGAAAUCAAUUCUGAACUGACGACCUUCAAGGGCGAACAGAGCAUCCUUCUUCGUACAAAAGAAGGCGGUCGCGUUGUGCUCACAAAUCAGGACGAAAUUGGCCUGAAAGAAUGGCUUCAUUCCUUACGAACGGCACACAAAGGCUCGGUUGAGUUGCUGGCCAAUAUGGCACGCAAGGCCGGUAAGAUCUACGGAACGGACAUGGACGCCAACAACCGUCAACUCACCCUGCACAACAGUCCCCUGGCCUCGAGGAGCACCAAUGGCACUUAAGCGAUCCUUGUCACGAGGCGUUUCAAGGGAAGGAGGAAAGAGAAAUUUAAACAAAAUUGAAGAAGAAAGCGGAUGAAAAGGUAGAGAGGGGUAAUGAAAGGAAUCCGGGCAAAGAAUCUGUAGACCGAUUGUAUUGCAUUCGAUCUUUGAAGACGAACGGAGCAGAAAUGGGGGACAGGCAUCCAUUCAAUUUGUACUCUUUCAACUGCAAACCACUCCAUACGGUGGGCGAAAAAGAUUGAUAUUGAUUGGCUGAUUUACUAGUCCCUUCCCAAAUUGCAUUGGACCCUCUUUAUUUUAUCUGUUUUUAUGUUUUAUUAUUAUUUGUUUUAUUUUUUCGUCAGCUGCUUUUCUUCUCUUAGUUACUCUCCCUCACUUCGUUGGACGUGACACGCAUUAUUGCCUUCACGCUACGCACUAUGCUUGACAAAAUCGGAAGUAGGCCUGACUGAGAAAUUGGGCCCACACGAGAGAGGUAAAGGGUCCGGCCCCUGACCAAAGUAGACGAUGCUUUUUAAGAGGGCAUUGAGAUUGAAUCCCUAUGGCCAUUAAUUUCUUUCCUUUUGCUAUUUUUUCUCCUUCAUUUUGUGUUUAAUUCUGCAUGACUGAUAUUAUUCUUCAUUUCCCAAUUCAAUUUUGUGUGGUGGGGACCGUCGCUCUUUUUCGUUCUUGAACAAAGAUGUCAAACGACAAAUGUCUUGUUGAGUUUACCCUUCGCUGUGCACACAUUCUGAAAGUUUAAUUAUUUUUUGACAAUUAACGAAAGCUGGGAGAUUUAAGUCGUCGCAAGUUAUCGAUUUGCACGAAAUCGUGAUGAGAGGUGAAUGCCGCUUUUCUUUUAUCCUUUUUAUUUCUGUUGGGAAAAGUCCUAGUCGACACGCACUUUCGCGAGCAUCCCCACCCGUGUGUACACAUUGUACAGAAAAAAAAACAAAAAAAAACAAAAAACAAAAA